CCAGUACCGCCGCAAGAGUGUUAAGUGUGCAUGAGUGUUCCAAAAAAUUGUGCGUUAUUACGGUGUCCGAUAAUGUUUUAAUAUUAUUAAGGAUGUCGGAUUACGAGAAGAUUAGAACGUCGUGCCUGCAACGCGAGGUCCUGUGGGAGGACCCGGACUUCCCCGCCAACCAAACCUCCGUGUUCUAUUACCAGACGCCGCCCUUCCAUUUCGUAUGGAAACGUGCUUCGGAAAUUUACACAAAUCCGUCGUUCGUGUUGGAUAAAUGCGACACUUUCGACGUCGUUCCGGGGAAAUUGGGCGACAAAUGGUUCGUGUCUUGUCUCGGGGUCCUGUACCUGUGCAAAGGCCUAUUCUACAGAGUGGUGCCCGCUGACCAGCGCAUGGACACCUCCUACGCCGGUAUAUUUAGGUUCCGGCUGUGGUGGUGCGGGCAGUGGGUGGAGGUGUUGGUAGACGACCGUCUGCCCACAGUCAACGGCAAGCUCGCGUUUCUACAAACCAGCCACACGGACCAGCUCUGGCCAGCUCUCUUAGAGAAGGCGUAUGCCAAAUUGCACGGUUCCUACGAAGCGUUGAAAUACGGCAGUCUUCUCGACGGGCUGGCUGACCUUACCGGCGGCAUCACCGAGUCAAUCGUGGUCUCCGAGCUGCCCAACCCUGAAGUCCUGAAGACUCUUCUCUCCUGCACCAGCGUUGUGACAGCACACCACUUGCCUCUGCAAGCUGAAGAUAGGAAUAUCCCUGGGCUAGAACUCGAAAUGAACUACAGGAUAACAGAUAUUCAGCAGGUCCACACGACGGACAAGCCAGUAUACCUGCUGCGCCUGCGUCGGCCUCCGACUCCUGGAGAAACGCGUGUCUCGCACAUCGUAGUCGAUCAGGCUCUUUGGAAGACGGUUCUCCAAUACGAACGUGAUAGAUUACUCAACACCACCAAGGGUUUCUGGAUGAUGUACGAGGACUUCCUUCGGCUGUUCCCGCGCAUCGACAUGGUGCACCUGGAUGCAGAAACCAGCCGCGCCGAGCCAUCCCUCGCUGAUAUCACCAAGUGGCACAUGAAAACGCAUCACGGCGCGUGGAAACGCGGCGUGUCAGCUGGUGGCUGCAGGAAUUACUUUAUGGCUAUGCGUCAUUACAUCUAUGAGCCAGUAGACUUCUUCCACACCAAUCCACAAAUCCAAAUAAUCCUCACGGAGCCGGAUACGGUGAUCAUCUCGCUGAACCAGCACAGCAUCAUGGAGCCCAAGGUGAUCGGUUUCAGCGUGUACAAGAUGCCCAAAUUCUUAACGGAGACGGCACCGCAGUUGUUCUUCAGACGAAUCAAGAGCACCAUCAACUCUCAGUAUACCAACAGCCGACAAGUCAGCCAGAGAUGCGACUUAGAUUCCGGAGCGUAUCUGAUAUUGCCCACCACCUUCGAGCCGCGGGAAGUAGCCAGCUUCACCCUCAAAAUUUACUCGGGCAAGACCCUGAAGAUGAAGGUGCUGGAUGACCCACCGCAAAUGACGAAGGCGGCACUAAUCAGGGCCCCUGCAGGGUCGGAGGGCAAUGGCUUCUUCCAGUACGAGUCGCUGUUUCUCCAACUGGCUGAUGAGCACAGGACUAUCGACGUGUUCGAGCUGCAGGAACUGCUAGAUGCUUGCCUUCCCAAUGAUUAUAUUAAGAGCUGUGUCUCCAUCGAUACGUGCCGCCAGAUAGUGCUGGCAAUGGAUAGAAAGGGUACAGGGCGUAUUUCCCUCACCGACUUUAAGGAUCUGAUCUGCAGCCUGAAGCACCUGCAGCAGGUAUUCAAAGACCAUGCUCGCGAAAAGAUGGGCGUACUGAGGGUAGAGCGACUACGAGACGCCCUUCGCGAUGUAGGGUUCGUGGUGCCAGAGCGCGCCAUGACGUUACUCGUCUUCCGCUACAUGAGGAAAGAUGGUAUGCUUCGGUUCGGGGACUUUGUCUCCGCUGUGAUGCAUUUGCAUCGAGUUUUCGAACUCUUCUACAUGAAUGAUGCCCGCCGCUCCGACAUAUUGCAGCUCAAUCUUACAGAUUGGCUGAAGAACGCGUUAAUGUGUUAAGCUGCUUGCCAUUUCCACAAGGAAAAGUAAAUAUUAUGUGUGUGUUUGUGUUUCGUGACUGUGUCUAUGCUAUCAUAAAAACUAUAAUCGGAACUCGUCGUUUCUUGACGCAUGUCGAAUAAUAUCUUUAGAUGUAAGUAUUCCUUCGCUGAAUGAAGUGAUUGCGUGUAACUUAAUAUAAUAUUUAAUUGUGUACUUAAUAUUUUUCAAUACAAGUUGCAGGCGAUGUAAAAAAUCUCAUGUGAAAUUUUAUGAAUACGCGAGUAAUAUAAGUGCAUAAACUUAAAGAUUAUGCACCGUUAUCAAAAUUGCAAUAGUCACCGUUAUGUCAAAGAUUUAUCGUAAUAUUAUUUAGAAUUAAUAAUAACGAAAAACGGAAUGAGUAUUGAUAUAGAAGCCAAUGCAUUUACACACUUAUUUUUGUUUACGAAUUGUUUUAAUGCCUAGCUUAAUUAACCUUGUACGAAGUUUUGUGUAAAAUGAAAUAGAAACCUUGCAACACCAUGGAACUCUUGGAAAUUAUCGUUGUGGGAAUUUCGCAAAAUGUAUAUAUAUAUACAGCGGCUGCAAAUUCUAUUGAAAAAUAUUUUAAAUAGGCGCGGAUCUAAGAAUUUAGAGAUGAAAAUAAACACUAUUUGAAUUUGAGCCUAAAUAUCAUUGUGCACGAAGGACAGGGUGAAAAAUCAUGGAUCCAAAAUGGCUGGUUUGUCUUACUUAGCUGAAACCAAUUCCUAAGCUAACGUAGGCGUGGUCAAGAUGUCCACUUAUACCUACUUCCUAAAACAAAGUAGAAACAUGCAAGCCUGGGCUUGUCUAGGGAGUAUCAAGUCGCUAAGAGAACCUUGAUCAGCUUGUGUCACCAAUGGCCUCAUGUCUGCUACAAAAUUGAAUGAUGAUGUUGUAUUGAUGUCUUAUAUCCGCGCCUCGUCGAAAACGUACCGUCGUGUCGUUUUCUCAUGAAUUCUCAAGUCCUGUUGCCUUUUUUUACAAUUAUGUAUUUUUAACAUAUUGGCGAACAAACUAUGGUCGCCACGAAGUUUGGACUUUAUUAUUUUGGAGUGAAGCUCUAAAAUCGUGAAUUUAAAAUAAAUGGUGUCAAGUGGCCCAGAUUUCUCGUCAAUAUAACUGAAUUGUGUUUAUAUAAGAAUGAUCGAGCGAUCUCUACCUUGUGUUAAAAUCCAGAUGCAACUUUGAAACGUAUUUCAUAGUCUGCCUGUAAAAACAGGUAACAUUUUUCCUCAGAACUAUAUGAUUUAAGUAAUUUAAGCUAUUUUAGAUGUUUAUGUUAAAUUAUUUCGGUUUGAUUAAUUUACAAAACUAGAAUAGUGAAAUAGUAACUGAAAUUCAUUUGUUAGACCUUUUGUAUAUACUUAGUGAGUUCUUUCUGUUCGUUCUAUCUAUGCGAUUUAUAAGUCCCUAAACCAAUGAAAUCUACAUCAUUAUACCGUGUGAUCUAGGCAUAAUGGAGCCUGGAAACCAUAAAUCUUAAAGUACUAUUUCUUACAUUCCGUAUGAUCGUAUACACACUGUUUAAUUAGUUAUUAUAGAGUCAUUUCGACAUUUUGUUACAAAAUGAAACUUAUAUUCUUAAAAUUACACUUUGCAGUAAUUUACUCAAACCGUAGAUACUUAAUAAAAAAGUAUAUGUUUCGAACAGAAUAAAUAUCAAUUAAAAGUAUUUUUUUACACGACCAUUAUUACUAUUGAGCGUGUACGUCACACUUUCAGUCAUAAAUACACUUACGCACACCAUAUAUUUGAAUAAGUUAUAAAUUAUAAAAAUAAAAAAAACAGAGAUGUAAAACUGGAAUUUUUGUUGAAAAUAUUAGUUAUUCAGGCAUGUUUUUUUGGCACAAUUUACUUAUAUAUUUUAUUUUCAAUCAUAAUUUAGGAGCUUGGUAGUAAUUUCAUGUCCAUCGCUUCAUAGAUCCGCUUUCACUUCACAAUAUUAGCAAAAGUAAAAUUAAUAUUGCGAUUUCUUAAUAAUGCGGUGUCAAAAUGCCUCUAUAUGUAUAGCAAUAAUACAGAAAUUCAUUUAUAUUUCGGUAUUACAGUAGGGUGCUUACAUAUAUUCGUAAUAAGUUUGAGUAAACUCGUUCCGCACACCGGGCAAGAUCGCGAACGAUCACGAAUAUUGUGUUGUUAUAUAUAGAUACCUAUUAUUUAUUUAUUCUAAGUUAUUUUCUUUGUAACUUCACAAAUUGUAAAUGUUUCUACAAUUUAGUUUUUUUGUUUUUCAACGGGAUCUUGAAGAACUCCGCUGCUAUAAAGUGACGUGACAAUAAAUUAUAUUUAAUAAGUACUAAGGAUUAAGGAAGAUUAUUCUUACGUUUCAUGCCCAAUUGUAUUUUUAUGUCCAAAAUUAAUUUAAUUCUAAGCUCACUCUCACGAUCUUAUGAUCAACACUUUUUAUAUAAAUCUUUUUGAUGUCCCCAAAAGUUUGAGACGGAAUACAUUGUGUGGGGUGCCAAAAACCGAAUUUACCUGCAUAAUAUAUAAGAGGAAUUAGAGAGUUUUUGUACGUAUCUACUCGUUCGGUACAGGGUGUUUACUGUUUGCUAUAACUUGAACUACUCAUUUAAUGGUCUUAAGGUUUGAAGGUGAUGAUAAUAUGGAAUUUUUAUAUUUACUGUUUUCGGACCAAAAAAACAAUAUGCACCUAUAAUAUUAUAAAAUGUAAAAAUUACUGUUAAGGCCCCCUAAACGGCCUUGAGCAUUCGUUCCAUACACAUACAGCCCAUAAUUACGAUGAUACUUAAUAUGAAAAAUAUCACGAAUAAUUGCUAUAAAACAAAUCAUUUUUAGUUCUUUUUAAAAAAUUUAAACUACCAAUGUGUGUACCUAAUCGUGUUAGUUGCAAAUUAAUGUGUGUACUUUAGGAAGACAUGCAUGGUAUGAACAAUUUUAGUGUUAUUUUCAUUAUGAAAUGAAUAAAACAAUAUUCACAUUACACACAAUUUUAAAUUACCAAAGUACCUAAAAGAUGACAUACGGAAAAUAUAUGGUUAGCGCACCGUUUUGCGUGGAGCACUGCUUUAAUUGGCCUUAAAAAUCACAAUCUUCCUGCCAGUCUAACUUGUCUACAAUAUUUAAAACUUUAAAUUUGCCUUUCUUCUGGACAUAGUAAUAAUUCUUUUAAGCGUUUUUACUCAUCACUAAAGGAUUUUAAGUAUUUAUUUACGAAGACUUACGCCAUACUUCAUAUUCAUAAAGGUAAAAUCAUCCCUCACUUUACAAAGGGCCAUAAUAUUCUUUCUCUAAAAAAUUUAUACGCAAUGCAUUUAUUUUAGCAUGUAAUCUUUUGUGUGAUUUUAAAAAUACUUUACAAUACAAAAGGCGUGCUUUUUUCUUUCCAAAUUUGUAUUAUAGUCCACACGAGGUAGUUUAUUACCUUGUGGCAUUAUAAUAUCAAAGGAGUCAGGUUAGUACAUUGUAUCAAAAGUUAGAGCACUAUAAUAAUACCCAUGAAUUGUAAGGACGGAGUAUCGAUCUUGCUUUAUUUAAACUAUCGUCUAAUCUAGAUCCGGUCUUAGUUUCUAAGAUUAUGAAACAAUUAUUGGCUCGCAUUCAGAAUUCAGGCCCGAAAUUCAUAUUCAUAUUUAUGUCUAGUAAUCAUUUCUAUAUUAUUAAAUGUCAAACUAUUAGUGAAGGGGUCGCUAAGAAAAUGAUACAUUUUAAUUAAACAAUUGAUUUAUUAAAGUUUUAAAAUAUGCUCUAGCUUUUAAGUGAUAUAGUUGCAACACGAACUACGGUUUUCAUUUUUGAGGAAGGUAGAGCUUACCAUCCGUUUCAGAAACAGUAUUCAAAAAUACUGUUUCUGAAUUCAGCGACCAAUUAGUAAAACCCGACCGGCGGCCGAUCACAUCGUAUGGGCGUUACUCAGGUCCCUUUUAAAUUACGAGCUCUACACUACACCGGGUAACUACUUUUUAAUGUAACGCACUUUUUCCCGUAUAUACAUGGUAAGCCAGUAAGGACUCUCAAAAACCAUACUUACCGUAUUCCAAAUUAUUUCACGAACUUAGUAUAAGUAUACGUGUGAAAACUAAAUUUUAUAAUCACGCUAUAUUACUGGAAUGUGUAACUGUAGUUUUUUCGACGUGAUAUAUAUAGAUGUAAUUAGUUGUAAGCUAUUAUGUAUUUUUAUUUCGAUCUAAAAUAACUUACCUUAGUUGAAAAUUAUUUUUGUACAUUCAUUAGUUUACGUAUUUAGCAUCUAUACUCCUGUGAUUCAGUUAGGUUUCACUUUAAUUUUAUUGUACUUUACAAUAAAUAAACUAAUAAAUAAAUAGUGGUGGA